AAAAGACUUGUUAGAAUAAUUGCACCAACAAAUAAUGGCAUCGGUCGUAGCACGUGGUAAGAGCUGGAAAGAGCACAACCGUCUACACAAGGAACAACGCAAGAAGUGGAGAGAAGAGAGACUAUUAAAAAAGGUGAAGAAAGAAGAGAGCGAAAAUCUUGCCGAAGAGGUUAAAAAGUCAAACGAGUCUGAGAAAAUAUUGACAAAAAACGUAUCCACCGUGAGUAUCGCGGUGCCUGGUUCGAUUCUGGAUAACGCUCAGUCGCCAGAAUUGAGAACGUAUUUGGCAGGCCAGAUUGCGAGAGCAGCAUGCAUAUAUAAAAUUGAUGAAGUGAUCGUGUUUGACGAUAUGGGAGAAGUCUUAGAGGAAGAAAAAAAGAAACUGAGACACGAUGAAACAUUCGGGGAAGUCAGAGUCGGAUGUCUGCAGCUUGCAAGAAUAUUGCAAUAUCUAGAGUGUCCGCAAUAUCUGCGUAAAUAUUUCUUCCCCCUACAUAAAGACCUCCAGUACGCAGGAGUUCUGAAUCCUUUGGAUGCUCCGCAUCACCUAAGACAACAGGAUGAGUCUGUGUUUCGUGAAGGCAUCGUCACUAACAAACCUAUAAAAGUUGGAAGAGGGUCCCAAGUCAACGUUGGACUGCUUAACGACGUCACAAUUGACAAAGUUCUGGCGUCAGGUCUUAGGGUCACUGUUAAAAUACCUGCGGAACAAAAAAACCCCAAAAAAUUAAAAGGUAUCGUUGUGCCUCCAAGUAUGCCGAGAGCACACACCGGCAUUUACUGGGGUUAUAGUGUCAGAAUAGCAAACAACUUGACACAAGUAAUCACAGAUAGUCCGUACAAGGAAGGUUACGAUUUGACUAUCGGAACUUCGGACAAAGGAACUUCUGUAGAUGAUAUCGCGUCAAAUAGUCUCGCGUACAAUCAUGUUCUCAUUGUUUUUGGUGGCUUGACUGGGUUGGAAGCAGCCUUGGAAGCCGACCCCCUCUUGAAUGAAGACGAUCCAUCUAUACUUUUCGACAAGUACUUGAACGUCUGUCCGGAGCAAGGGUCCAGAACAAUAAGAACUGAGGAAGCUGUUUUAUUAUCACUGGGCGAAUUGAGGAAUAAAUUAAUGCCCAAACAUCCCCCGUUGGAAAAUCCUCAAUUUCAAAAUGACCCUCAAGCGGGCGAGAAUAAUUUAACAACAAGUAAAAAAAUGAAGACAGAAAAUCCAACAGUGUACAGCUCCGAUUCCAGUGAUUCAUCCGGCUGACAGGUGAGAUAGAAGUUGGUCAAAAAUGAAUGUAACGAAACAUUUCCGAAAAAAAGUUAUUUUACAUCUUUAGAAUGACUUCAAAGGAAUUGAGUUUGCAAAAUACAACUAUCAUCGUUACGUUAAUGUGACGGAUUUCAACCUUGCAGAUAAGGAUUCCUUGAAAAUUGCAGAAGAACAAUUAGUUGAAAGCAAGAUUACGAAAUAAUUUUCUUUAAUGCUUGAACUU